CAGAAACUGCACAGAGAAACACAGGGAGACAAAGAGACAAGACCAAGGUUGCUGUAUCCUGCCAUUGUAGGGACACCAGCAUGGAUAUGGAUAUGGACUUGGAGAGGAUCAUUCAGUGCAUCAAACAAGGAGACCAGGACAGUGUCCAGAUACACCUGGACCACUACAACACUCAGUAUGCUGAAUGCUUCUUCUUCAAUAUUGAGGAGAGGGAAAGAAGAAAGCAAAAAGAGCUGGAUGAGUUCAGGAAGAACAAAAUGAGGGACUUUGUUCCCGACUCUGACUCUGAUUUCAACUCAGACUCAGAUGACGCUGAGGACCAGGAUCUCCUUCUCAGACGGAGGCUGGCUGCAGCCCUGGUGUGGUUUAUCCGUACCCAGCUCCAGCCGGGGGUUCUGAGAGUGACCCUGCGUACGCUACGUAUCCUGUCCCGCGACCGGCAGGCUCUGGCGCCCCUGGUGACCGACACCGCCCUCCUCACCCUAGCCCACCUGGGCGGCAUAACCUCCCUGCCCAUCCCCGAAGGCCAGGAGGAAGACGAGGAGGAAGGUCAUGAUGCCGAGAGAGAAGAUUACGGCUAUGUCCCCUGUGACAUCAGUUCGGAUGCCUGUAAACAGAGCGACACAGAGGCCAGUGAGUGCAGUAGAGGCGCUAAUGCUAAUGCUAGCUUGUUAGCAGUUAGCAAUGUGGAUGCUAACGUUGUCGGUGCUAGCCCGACCCAGCACUCCUUGGCCCAGGCUUCCACUCAGACCUGUCCAGCCCUGGAUACGGCCAACAACAGCCAAGGUGGAGCAACGACAUCGCCAUCAGUGACCAGGGACCCCUGCUGCACCCUCAGUACAGAAACCUGCCAUGACAACCUGCGCUCUGUCUCCACGGAAACCUGCACUGCCGAACACCACUGCUCUCCGGGUCAUGGAGCUCUGGUGCGCGGAAAGAAGGAUGCCCGGGAAGAGAUGGAUGAAGAGGAGGACAAAGAAGAUAAAGAGGAAGAUGACCAGGUGGGGAGGAGGGAGGCCCUAAAAGCCCUUUGUAAUAUAAUCUACAACAGUCAGAGGGCGCAAGAGAGGGUCAGCGCUCUGAGACUGCUCUCUGGUCUAUCUGACAAGCUGAAGCAGGGGAUCAGUACCAAAGCUCUUCCCAGUGGUCAGUUUUAUGAACUACGGCUGCUCUUUCUGCUGACGGCUCUGAGACCAGAGCUCAGGGUGCAACUGCAGCAGGAGCGAGGGGUGUCCAUGCUGACUGCAGCUCUGGAGCAGUGUCUGUCUGCGCGGUGGGGGGAAGAGUACGAGGUGCUGAGUGACCACAGUGCGCCCCCUAUCUCUAAGGAGGUGUCACAGCGAGCUGUGGAGAUCCUCAAGACCCUGUUCAACAUCACAUUCAGCUUCCACAGACAGGAGCCAGACGAGGAGGAUGCAGCUCUCUAUCGCCGCCUGGCUGCAGUGCUACGUCACUGCCUGCUGCUGACCUGUGACGGAGAAGAACUCACUGAGGAGAUACAGGGGCACACAGUGAAUGUGCUCUCUGCCCUACCCCUACAAUGUCUGGACGUGCUGCUGUCUGUGCGUCUGACGGAGGGUUCACAGGAGUGGGAAGGGGUCAACAUGGACACUGUCCACACCCUACUCACCUUCAUGGAGAGACGCCUGGACAGGGGUCAGAAGUUGAAGGAGAAACUGACUCCAGUCCUGAAUCUGUUGACUGAGAGCUGCCGCGCUCACCGCGAGACACGCCACUACCUCAGACAACAGAUCCUCCCCCCUCUGAGGGACGUGGCCUUGAGGCCGGAGCAGGGGGCCACAGUGAGGGGACGUCUGGUGCGCCUGAUGACCCACAUGGACACGGACAUCAAGCACUGUGCUGCCGAGCUCCUCUUUGUGCUCUGCAAAGAGAACGUGAGUCGUUUUGUGAAGUACACAGGCUACGGUAACGCAGCAGGUUUGCUGGCAGCGAGGGGCUUGCUGAGUGGAGGUCAGGUGACCCACGCCCAGUACUCUAGCGACUCAGACUCUGACACAGAGGAAUACAGGGAAGCUAAGAGGCGCAUCAACCCAGUGACGGGGAGGGUGGAGGAGGAGCAGCCAGACCCCAUGGAGGGAAUGACGGAGCAGGAGAAAGAGCAGGAGGCACUAAGACUCAUCAGCCUGUUCAACAGGCUCUCACGGGACAAGAUCAUCCAACCCGUGGGAGUGAUGACAGGGGGGGGACUGGAGCCCCUGUGUGGUCAGAUGAGGGGGAGCACUGUAGAAGAGGUGGAAUCAGAGGGAGAGAGUGAGGAAGAGAGGGAAAAGUAAGGAGGUUAGAAAAUAAAAAUGAGAGAUGGGAGGGUGAUUACAAGAAUUUACAGCAUAGGAUGGUGAAGAGACAGAAAGAGUAAGAGAGAUAAGAGGUUGGUUUGUAUUUAUAUAGCACAGUUGUGGAAAAAGUACCCAAUUGUCAUACUUGAGUAAAAGUGAAGAUACCUUGAAAUUGACUGAAGUGAAAGUCACCCAGUAAAAAGUAUCUGGUUUAUCAAGUAUCCAAAGUAAAAUACAAUGCUAAAAAUACACUUAAGUAUCAAAAUUAAAGGGAAAUGUUAUAAAUCCUUUCAAAUUCCUUAUAUUAAGCAAACUAGACUGAACAAUUGAUUUGUAUUUAUUCAUGGAUAGCCAGGGACACACUCCAACAAUCAGACAUCAUUCACAAACAAAGCAUUUGUGUUUAAUGAGUCCACCAGAUCAGAAGCUGUAGGGAUGACCCACUUAUUUUCUUGAUAAGUGUGUGAAUUGAAUUAGCAUUCGAAAUGUAACAAGUACUUUUGGGUGUCAGGGAAAAUGUAUGGGAGUCAAAAACUACAUGUUUUAUUUAGGAAUGUGGUGGAGUAAAAGUAAAAGUUGUAUUAAAAUAUAAAGAAUAAAGUACCGAUACCCCCCCCCCCAAAAAAAAAUACUUAAGUAGUACUUCAAAGUAUUUUUUGCUUAGUUACUUUACACCACUGAUAUAGCACCUUUCCUCCAUUUACCUGAAAGCACUUUACUUUGGAGCGUGUGUCUGUACCCCACCUCAUCUGUCACUAUGUGUAGCGCUAGUCUGAAUAUACUGUAUGCGGUAGCAUCACCCACCAAAACACAACUCUUAGAAUCACUGUUUAGCCAGGUACAUUCCC